CAUAGGAGAGCUGCUAGCCAAUUAUGAUGUCAGUUUACUGCCUAAAAUAGAGAAGGACGCACCGUGCAGAUCUAGUGAGUUUAUCUAAAACCCCGCGGCACCUGCCCUGACUGUUGGUGAGGCAGGAAAGCAUAGAAAGUGUACGCUGCUGGGAAAGUAAAGGCAGGUAGCCGCCCCCCAAAGCAGAUGGACACUACAGGGUACAUCAUAACCAGAGCUUGACUAAGGACAACACUGGCUACUCCUGCUUUCUUGUCUACUGAGCUCUCCCUCAGUGCUGUAUUUGUUGGAAAUUGCUUGGGAACCUUGCUUUUCGCAUUUGCACAGCAUUUGGAUUGCCGCCUUUUCCAGAUAGUGAUCUUGCAAAAUACACAGGGAUCCUUUAUUGAGGCUCUCUCACACAGGAGAAGCUAGCUCAAGUCAGCCUUUUUGGCAAAUAAACAUUCCUCAACUUCUCCCGUAUUUCCUCACAUUCUUAUAUAAGAACAUCGGCUAAUAUGGAUAGUGCCAACAAUAUGCCUAAACAAGUGGAGGUCCGGAUGCAUGACAGUCAGCUGAACAUUGAAGAGACACCACCAAAGCCUCUACGGAACAGAUUAUGUGGAAAACUUAUGAAAAAUCUACUUCUAACUCUAACAGUUGUCGGUGUAAUCCUGGGUGCUAUAAUUGGUUGUCUGCUCCGGCUUGCUUCUCCAAUACAUCCUGACAUUGUUAUGGUUAUAAGUUUCCCAGGAGACAUCCUCAUGCGAAUGCUGAAAAUGCUUAUUCUUCCCUUAAUCAUCUCUAGUUUAAUCACAGGUUUGUCUGGUCUUGAUGCUAAGGCUAGUGGUCGUCUGGGGACAAGAGCCAUGGUGUACUAUAUGACUACAACCAUCAUUGCUGCUAUCCUUGGUGUAAUUCUGGUACUUGCUAUCCAUCCUGGGAACCCCAAGUUGAAGGAGAAGCUUGGAGAGGGUGUAAAGAAUGAUGAAGUGUCCAGUCUGGAUGCCUUCCUGGACCUUAUCCGAAACCUCUUCCCUGAAAACCUUGUUCAAGCAUGCUUUCAGCAGAUCCAGACAGUCACCAAGACAAUUAUCCCAGAAGGCCAACCUCCUGUGCUUACCAAUGACUCCAUAAUUAGAACUGUCAAUGAAACACUGACUGCUGAUGACAUUAAACCAGUAAUUAAGAAGAGCCUCCAGUUUAAGGACGGAAUGAAUGUUUUAGGUCUGAUCGGGUUUUUCAUCGCAUUUGGCAUUGCAAUGGGCAAAAUGGGUGAGCAGGCCAAACUAAUGGUGGAAUUCUUCAAUAUUCUGAAUGAGAUCGUCAUGAAACUUGUCAUUAUGAUCAUGUGGUAUUCACCUCUUGGUAUUGCCUGUCUCAUCUGCGGGAAGAUUAUUGCCAUUAAUGACUUGGAGGUGGUCGCCCGGCAACUUGGAAUGUACAUGUUGACAGUAAUUAUAGGCCUCAUCAUCCAUGGGGGUAUAAUUCUGCCACUGAUUUACUUUGCAAUUACAAGGAAAAAUCCAUUCACCUUCUUCGUUGGCAUUUUCCAAGCUUGGAUUACUGCUUUAGGCACUGCUUCUAGUGCUGGUACACUUCCAGUUACAUUCCGAUGCCUUGAAGAAAACCUGAAAAUUGAUAAACGUGUGACACGAUUUGUACUUCCCGUUGGUGCAACAAUUAAUAUGGAUGGAACAGCUCUCUAUGAGGCAGUAGCUGCUAUUUUUAUUGCACAGAUGAAUGGAGUCAUACUCGAUGCUGGAGAGAUAGUCACAGUGAGUUUGACAGCCACACUUGCCAGUGUUGGUGCUGCCAGCAUACCCAGUGCAGGACUGGUCACCAUGCUUCUUAUCCUCACGGCUGUGGGACUUCCAACUCAGGACAUCAGUCUACUGGUUGCUGUUGACUGGCUUUUAGACAGAAUGCGAACUUCAGUAAAUGUAGUUGGCGAUUCAUACGGUGCUGGAAUUGUGUACCAUCUCUCUAAAGCUGAACUUGAUGCCAUUGACGCCCAACAUGGUGCUCUGGAUGACAUAGAGAUGACAAAGACUCAGUCAGUUUAUGAUGACAUGAAAAACCACAGAGAAAACAACUCCAAUCAGUGUGUUUAUUCAGGGCGCAACUCUGUCAUAAUAGAUGAAUGCAAGUCUCCUCGUCAUGUGGAAUAUCAGUCCUGUCUUUAAGUUUACGUAUGACGUUGAGAACUUGAAAGUGACAGGUGACACUGGCAAAAAAUGGCACAUCAGAUUUCGCUAUUGUGGAAGAAGAACCUGAGAAGACUGGAAACUAAAGUACAAACAUUCACACCUAUACUCUUAUCUGCUAAACCUUUCCUGGGGUACAAUCAGAAUAUAUCACAUUACUAAAGUAAAAUGAAGUGUUUACCUCAUAAGUCCUUGUUCAUCUGCGUUAGUACUCAGACAAACAAAUGAACAAGGUUCUUUUGGUUUUGCCAAAUGUUCAUUUAUUGUGUUUCAGAACUGCAGGAUCUUUUUUGACACUGGAAUAAGACAGCUGCUUUAACACUAAAUCCAGAGAGUGAUCAUUCAUUCCCCUUUAAAUCAUCUUUAGAAAUGUGGUGCUUCAUUGUUACACUAUAAAAUAAUGUAUCAUGACUUGAAUCAGGGAAGCUUACACUCACAGAGCACAAUAUUCACACUAAUGCAUUCUGAACUUAAUAUAGUUUUGUUUAAUUUAUUGUACUGUGUAUCACAGAGGGUAAAUAACACAAUUCAGAUUCACUGAGAUAUUUUUUUCUCUAAUUAAGUCAGUUUAUAAAUAUAUAUCUUUCAAUACAGGGCUGUAUAACAUGUCCACCAAGAUAAUGGCAGGAUGGACAAGUUAUCCAUCAAACUAAUGAGAUUUGAGUUUGAAAUACCCUUUAAACUAAUAAUAUUUAGGGUCACUGCAGCUGUAAUGUAAAAUGUAUCAGUAUUAAAUAGGGGCUAGUGCCUUGAUUUUGGGUAGGAAAGCGUUAGAAUGGAAUAACUGCACAUACAAGAUGGCAGGAAAGUGAAGAAAGAAAAGACAUGUGCAUAUGACAUAUUCAGAUUCUCAGACCUAUGGCAUUUGAAAUGUUGUUUUGUAUAUGCCAGUCAUAUUUCAGGUGUUGCAAUUUUCAGAAAAAGACCCAUUUCUAACUUAAAGAUAUGUUCUGCACUAUGGCAUCCUGGGAAUAUUUAAUUAUAUAACACACAAGCCUGUGGGUAACUGAUAAUUCAUUCUUUUUUUUUAUUAGAACUGGAAAAAAAGAAACAAGGGAACAUAAUAAUAAACUGUUAUUCUUUUAAGUUAUUUGCAAUUUUUACAUUUUCGUUAAAAGCUAUAUUGUUGUAAGAGAGCUUAAACGGAUAGUGCCCUAACAAUUAAUAUGAAGGCUUUUGAUUAAACAUGAAUUUUUCUAAAUCCAUAUGCUCCUAGUGAGUGAUAAUAUUCAAUACAAAAUCAAAUCACUCAAAAAUUCUGUUUACCUGGCUCACCCUUCUUUAGAGGUGCAUUGUUAUUUGUUGUAUUUUUUAAAAUAUUUUCUAGAAUUGUUGGUUAGUGCUAGCUGUAAACUGUUAUAUAUAGGUAUAUUUUCUAAACUGAUGAAUGACAAAUGGCUUAACAAGCUGGCUGUACCCUGGAGAGGGCAGGAUGUUACAAGAUAGUAUAGAGAAAUACCAUCAAAAAUAAUUUUUAGUUUUUCAGUACUGAGCCCAAAAUUACUUUUAAUCAAAGUUUAUUUGUUCAGUUAAUUAGUCUUGAAAGUGAGGAAAUGUGUGCACAGUAAACCUUUGUUAGGAAAUGUCUAUUAUUUAGUGGUUUUAUAUUUAAGAUGCCAGUGUACUGGUUUAACUAAACAUCGGAUCAUUAAAGUAGUAGUGUUCCUGAGAAA